UCUGCCGACCACAAACCAACUUUCAAUGACACACCAAAAAACACCAUUUCCUGAAGCUGUUUCAACAAAAUAAGUCCCACGCAUUAGUUUUCCUUCUACCCAUUCCAAGGCUCUGUUUUUGAACUGGGCGAUCUGAACAUAUGGUUUCAUCAUUUGGGUUUGGUGUGUGGUAAUUUUCCGAGAACUCUAUACAGUACUGCGUGUAAUUACUUUUGGCAGACACAGGGCCUUGCAGCAUUCCUUUCUCAGCAGAGGGAACAGAGUUGAAUGGAGUGCAAGUUCAUUUCAACCUGUGGAUUUAUUGUCUUGUAUUACCACAGUCUAACAUUUGGAAGCUAUGCUGUGAACUCUCCAGUGGAUCAAGUGAAUGACAGCCACAAUGCUACCAUAGUAAGUCCUUUCUGAUUACUCUCUACUGUCAGAUACUGCUUCAGGAUUUACAACUGCUACAGAUUUACUUCCUCAAGUUAAGUUCCAUCCGAGUACAGUAUCGGUGGAACCGAUUCUGAAAUCUGAAAAACAGGCAAUAUGAUUCUGCAAGACAGAAACGUUUCCAGCAACUCCACGAGCAACGAAGUUAUCAGCGUGGUUUGCGUUUGUAUAUGGACCAUAACUACAGUGCUAACGCUAUUCCUCAACACGGUCUGCCUGGUUCUACUCCAGCAUGUGCAGGGGUUCAAUAAGUCCACAUUGAUCUUCCUAAAGUCUAUGACCGUUUCCGAUCUACUCUUAGGAGUGUUCUUUUACUUGCCUACCAUCGCGGUUUUCGCUGCUGGACAAACAUGGCCUGAUCAUGCCCUCGGACCAAUUUUCUGCCUGAUUGAGGCAUGGGUUAUUAGACAAGGGCUACCCACAAGUGCGCUGUCAGUGUUACUGGUUACCAUUGAUAGAUACAUUGCUAUUGUAUAUCCUUUGAAUUAUGAGGUAUGGUUAUCGCCAAAGAGAGCCAGGUUAAUAGUAUGCACUGUCUGGUUCACAGCCAACAUGUAUGCCCUCGUGUCGUUACUAACGACUAAGAACAUGGAGGCAACCUAUAGUGACAUCUUCUUCAUAUGCACCAUCGGAGAAUUCAAUGAAACUAAAGCGGCUUUCACGCUGGUUUUACUGAGUGUAGGGAUCAUGAUCUGUAUCACCAUCAUGUACAUCAGGAUUUUGAUCAUCGCGAAUAGACAUGCAGCCCACAUAGUCACCCAUCGCCCCAGUACAUGCAGUAGGGACGGUCAAGUACAACCAACAACGCCUACUCCCAACAGGAAAUCUUUCACAACAGUCACCAUUAUAACUAUGACUCUAGUUAUCGGAUGGAUGCCAUCUGUAAUUAUAGCACUGACCAACACAAAAGACACACCGCCCCUUGUUAUUAUUGUUACACAGGUACCACUUGCAUCGGUAAGCUGGUUGAACGUUAUCGUGUACUAUGUACGGAACCAAGCAUUCAAAGAAGCUGGACAUGCUCUCCUCACAAGAAUUUUUAAAUACUGCAAAGGCUGCUGUCGGAAUAAAGAAACUGAACUUUGAAGGUGCCAGUGUGGCAAGAGAUUCUUUCCCCCAUACUGAAAACUGUGCACAAACUUCUUCUGAUAGCGCCCUCUUUUGAGUCAUCCUCCUCCAGCCCAUGUUCAAUUCCCAACUUGGGGACUGAAUCUGCGGAAUUCCGUGGGACACUGACAAUGAUGGAAAAGACAAUAUUCAGCCUGAAAUACUGGACAAUCGUUACAAGACAAAGCCAUAAACAUAAAGAGAACACUCGACCACAGUCCCAGAGCUUAUAAAACAUGCAAUCAUCAAGAACUUGUACAGCAACCACAGAGAUAUUUUGAAUUACACUCAACAUAAUAGGUAAAUCAAGGAGCAGUUGUAGCAGAAACUAAAGACCAACUAAUUACAUUUAUAAAACACCCCAUUAAACUACGUAUCAAAAACUACUUCAUCAGAUGCAACAUAAUAGGGAAAAUGUUUACACAAUCAGGGAGAUUAGAGCAUUAAAUUAGUUUACUUUCAUGGAACUGUCUGCAGAAUCGAGGAGAUUUGGUGGCUCUGUCAGUCCAUUUUACCCUACUGUACUAGGUGACAAGGUUUUAAACAGAUAUUCAUAAAUACCCCAGAUGGUUUCGCAAAUUUAGACCAGCUGGAGCUGUUUAUAACCAGCACGCUCGAGGCCUUGUAAUAAUUAUUGCAAAGCCAUAACCCUGCCAGAAUUUAUUCUCCUUCCAAAAUAAUGCCCUUUUGUUAAAAAGCAUAAUAAUGUAGGGAAAUUCUGUCAAACUUGUCUGUUUUGUGUAUGUACAAUAUUCAUGUCUAAUCCCUAAGCUACAUUUACAAAUAGUAUGUGACGCUAUCGGGUGUGUGAACAUGUUGGUACUAACUGAUUAUACAUUGAGUUCUGGUAUGUAUCUGAUUGCUUUACACAUAGAUUUAGCACCCGCGUAGAUUUGAACACUUUUCACCCUAUGUCUCAACUAGACGUUAAACAGAAUCUCAUGAUCUCCUCUCCACCAAUCAGAAUGGAUAAAUUGUCUUGGUAUUUAUGAAUGUGCCAUUAAUCACAGUUACAGAUACCAUUCAGGGGUCCAAAAAUAAAGGUAAAAAAAAAAAAAUCCUAAUAUGCAACCCAGUAAAUAAUAAUGUUGAAAAUUUCUUGUGUGCCAUG